AGUAUAACGCUUGUGUUAAACGUCUGCUUGUGGCUUAUGGUUUUACCAAAUUGCUGUUUUGUGGUAAUAAGUGCACCGACGUACAAUAGUAGGCAACUGGAUGUUGAUACAUAUUUAGCUACUUUUGGAUACAUAAAAAUUGGGACAAAUAGAAGCGAUGAAAAUGUUGAAAAACUGGCUGGAAUUAGAAAAGCCGCAUUGAGGCGUUUUCAGAAAUUUAACAGUUUAUCGGUGACCGGCAUGGUGGAUCAUAGUACCUAUAUGAUGAUGACAACACCGAGAUGUGGGGUGGUCGACUACCCUUCAGACAACGACAACGACGUAGAAACAGAUAACAAUAAGACAAAGCCAUUGGCGUUCGUUUUAUCCGGUUCAAAAUGGAAAAAAAGAGUAAUAACUUGGGGCAUUUCAUCAUAUACGCAACAGGUACCACCCGAAGAACAAAAGCAAGUAUUGUUUUUAUACAUUUCUAGAUUUUGGCUGCUCCCAAACCGGCGGCCAUCUUUAAAGAUGGCCACCAUACGGGCACUAAGCUACACUUCCAAAAAAAGCAGUUUUAAAGCUGCUCUCGCCAACUGGCAGAAAGAGUCUCGGUUGCAAUUCCUGUAUACGGAUCGUGUUGCGGACAUUGACAUAAAGUUUGCCAGGGGCGAUCAUAAUGAUGGAAGUCCGUUUGAUGGCAAGAGUAAAAAUUCCAAAGGUACUAUUCUGGCACAUGCCUUUCCCCCUGGGUCGGGUCGUCUGUCUGGUGAUGUUCAUUUUGAUGACGACGAGCUGUGGACUGUUCAUAUUAACAAGGCCAAUGGUAAUCGGAAAUAUUUGGAACUGGUCGCUGCGCAUGAAUUUGGUCAUUCCCUUGGUCUUCAACAUUCCAAGGUUAAAGGCGCACUAAUGAACGCUUACUACAGUAGCUUGAAAAAGAACUAUAUUUCAUAUGAUGACAUUUACGGGAUCCAAUCUCUUUACGGUGCCCCCAACGGCUGGCAUGCCACCAUAGGAGCCUGGGCACCCACGACAACUCCUGCCUAUAUAACAUGUGACAUUCUCUUUCAAGCCAUAGUGAGAGGGCCGGACAUGCGAAAGUGGGGCAUUUUGAAUAACCGGGCUUUCCUGAUUGAUGAUAAUAUCAGUGGUGAACGCCGGUCAGCGAGUCUGCAGGACGUGUUUCCAGGAGCACCAGUUGGUCUGGAUUUUGCCUUCACUAUGCCCAGCGGAAGAGUGACAUACAUGUUCAUGGGUUUUAACGUGUGGCGGUUUAACGGGUACCAUUUAGCAAACGAGUAUCCUCAUUCUUUCCACGAGGUGUCCAUGCCAGAAGAACCACGUGGAAUAGUGGGAACGCAAGAAUACGCUAAAGAAGAAAUAUUCAUUUUUGGUGAUACCAUGUUUUGGAGGUUCAGUGAAAAUCGUGACUCCCCACAUGUAACAUCACACACUAUUACAACGUUUUGGUCACAUUCUCCGGCUGAUUAUGCAUUGGUGACAACGUGGAUCGAUGGUGACAUAUACCUUAUUAACAAAGAGAGUCAUGUCAGACUCAAGAACCACCGAGCCGUGGCUGGUUAUCCUAAACGAGGUGUUCCUGACUGGAUCUUUCAAUCCUGUCCAAACAGUGUUGCAAGCCACCAUAUGCUUAUAUUAUUAACACUUACAAUAUCAGUGAUGCUUAACAACACACUUCCAUCAUGAUGACCAUAGACACAGGAACUACCUCAACCUCAAGCCGGUGUCAUUGACAGUAUUGGAUAAUAACAGAAUGCUCGACUAAUUGAUGAUGACAAUGCACGUCAUUAAAGGGACAUUCCUGAGUUUGUUGCAUUGUACGAUGUUUCCGACUAAUAAAAUAUUUCUACGAUUAAAUUUACAUAUUAAAUAUAUUUUCUUGUUUAGAAUA